GUGCCGGAUGCUGGAGACGAAUCGACCGGCGCACGAGCAGCGAUGCCGAGUAUUCAAGGCUUCAGCACCCAGAGGGCAAGAUCAUACCUCUUUCGCUUGCCUUUAUUUACCCGUGCUAUCCUCCUUAGCAUAGCAUGUUUCUGGCUGGCUACCCUGCCCGGUCUCUGGGAUGUCCGGGUCUGGGGCUCUCUGAUCCCGGACAAGAUCUCUUUUGCGUCAGGAUAUCGGCUGAACACCUUUCCUCUCAUUCACCUGAACUUCAUCCAUGCCCUCCUUAACGCUAUUGCAUUGACGCCGUUGAUGGAACGAUUCGAAAGCGAAUAUGGAACCCUGACGACACUGGCACUCUUUUUUGGACCUCUAACCACGAUUCCUGCGGUUUUGUAUCUCCUGAUUGAGAUUCUCGUCCUUAGAGCUAAUAAUGCUGUUAUGGGCGCUAGCAUGUGGGUGUUUUUGCUUUUGGGCAUGGAGGCAAUCCGAACAUACAAGACGAACCCGUAUCUGGUCAUUGGAACAUACCAGCUCCCUACCUGGACUACACCAUUGCUUAUGAUAGUGGUUGUGGCUGCAUUGAUGCCAAGCACUAGUUUACUGGGCCAUCUCUGCGGCGUUGGAGUUGGCUAUAUUGCUGGCCUUGGCUAUGUAAAGCUGCUUGCCCCUCCGGAAUGGGCGCUUCGAUGGGUCGAGUCUCGCUUGAACCUCCUUGCGAUAUUACCGCACUAUGUCAGCGUUGAUCAGAAGACGUACGGAAGAUUUGGCGUUUUGCCUACAAGCAACCGCGGAGCAGGGUCCGCACCGAUAGAGCUGGUAGGGGGAGUUGGAAGCAGCUCUUGAUAUAGAGAUGUUUUCAUCAAACAGAACUUUAUUUGGAUGUAUAUUAAGCGUUGUUUGGGUUGAGCAUGUAAAUGCUACGCUCACCUGAUGGUUGGUUAACACAUUCAUAAAAAACGAUAUAAUAGCGGGAUAUUUGAAAUUCUAUAUAGUACUACUGGGUUUAUAUAGGUAGCUUAUGCCGCUCACGAUUGAUUCCACUGCUAUUAUUACACCAAGCUAAAACGAUUGGAAUAUCCUAGAGCCUGGCGUGAUUCAAUUAUAAUAGACAGUAUUUUAUAAA